UAGGGGGGAAUGGCGCUGGCUGGGGCUGCAGCGAUGGCGCUCGCACCUCGAAUGCGGCCAGGGAGUCUUGGAUUUUCGCGCAGCUGGAGCGGCCACCGUCUGAGAGCAAUGUGCUCGAUUGAGCGCGUGAACAAGACGGAAGAGGAAUGGAGAGCCGUGCUGAAUAGCGAGCAAUUCCGGAUAUUGCGAAUGAAAGGAACCGAGAUGCCAGGGAGUGGCGAGUACAACAAGUUCUACAAGGACGGAGUGUACAACUGCGGGGGCUGCGGAACACCGCUCUACAAAUCGACAGCAAAGUUUGAUUCCGGAUGUGGAUGGCCAGCGUUUUUCGAGGGUCUUCCCGGAGCAAUCAACAGAACAGUAGACGCUGAUGGCUAUCGCACUGAGAUUACGUGUGCUGCUUGUGGAGGACACCUCGGUCACGUCUUCAAAGGCGAGGGGUUUCCAACUCCGACGAACGAGCGCCACUGCGUGAAUAGCAUAUCGCUCAAAUUCGCUCCGGGCGACCAGGACAAGUGAGCUGUGUGGAUGGCUUCUGCCAGGUGACGGAAGUGGAUUGUAUUUGUCUGGAAAAAUAAAAAUCCCUCGUUUGUGGAAACGCUGUAUUCGCUAUUCACUGCAAGUUGCAUAGAUUUUUUGUCGUCGUU